AAAAGUAAUGUUGUUAAGGUGACUGAGGUUGACCGCACCUCGGCUAAGAUACAUUUUUUUAUUUUUUUUUUUAUUUCCAUGGUGUUUGCUGUACGACUCCCCUGCUUAACGUUGUGGUGCGCGGUGGUGAGAUGAAGGUGUUCUGUGCCGCUGUGAUGGUGGAGGUGACGGCACGAUAGAGGGAGGCCUUAGCGAGACUUCCUGCCCUCAAGUGAAAGUGGCAUUAUUCAUGCAUUGGUUAUUAUGAAAAAUUGAAUCGGUGUUUGAUAGAUUAGAAAGAAAAUACUGAUUGGGAGUGCCCUAGAGAAGUGGCCCAGUGGCAGGGCUGUGCCGAGUGUGGAGUGAUCGCGUGGCAGUGUGAUGACGCGCGGUGGUGAAUGGUCGUGAUUGUGUAGUGGAGUGUGUUCGUAACACAAGGUGUUCAUUCUGAUUGGCUAACUCGCAACAUAGUCUGGCAAGAUGUCUCAGUUGGACCUGUUCACCCCUCAGCUGAGCACCACAGACACUCGCAAGAAGAUUGCCCUGGGCACAGAGAUUAUCAACUAUCUCGGGGUGCCCACCAACUCCUUCGACUGUGAUGACAUCGGCCACUUCAUUGACGGCCUGGUGCCGUGGCUCCAGAGCAGCAAUUUCAAGGUGGCGCUCAACGGCCUGGAGGUGAUGACAUUCCUAGUGGAGCGGAUGAGCCAUGACUUCAGACCGUACCUGUCAUCCGUCAUUCCCGCUGCUACUGACAGGCUAGGUGACAGCAAGGAUGCCGUGAGAGAGAAGGCACAAAUGCUGCUUUCCUCCAUGAUGGAGAAUGUGGUGUCUCCCAACAGCAUGUUUGAGCGGCUCAUCCCAGCCUUCUCCCACAAGAAUGGCAAGGUGCGGGAGGAGGUGAUGAACUGCCUCCAGAACACCCUCAACAAUCAUGGUGCGUCAUCAGUGACAGUCUCACGCUUGGUGCCACACAUUGUGAAGCUCCUGUCUGAUCCAACUGCAUUAGUAAGGGACUGCGCCUUCAGCACCCUGGUGGAGUGCUACAAGCACUACGGGGAAAGACUCAGAAUAGACCUGUCCAAGAAACACAAUGUUCCACCAUCCAAGCUCCCAGCGCUGAUGACUCGAUUUGAUGAGGUUCGGGAUACUGGGCUUAUGCUGCCAUCAGCCACAACAGCUUCAGGCUAUACAGAAGGAAAAGGCGAUGAUGACGUGGAUAGAGCAAGUCAGCGGUCUUUGCCACGUCGCAUCCUAGCGUUGCGGAGAAAGGUCAAGUCUGGUGGCAGCAAGUCAAGGGCCAGCAGUGCCCCACCUGUCAGGCGCACCGUCCAAGGGGCUGCGCUCCCACCCAAAAGUGCUGGAGGAGAGAGUGGUGUGGGCCCCCGUUCAACUAUCAAGAGGGUGCCUUCAAUCAGUCGGGGCAGAGUAGGCUCCUCAUCAUCUAAUACAGCUGCAGCAGGAGCAGUGGACGAAGCCUCUUUCUUUGCACUGUUUGAGGAUGUUCCAAAGGUCACCAUAUACUCCCACAAGGAACUAGAGGAUACACUAACAAAAGUGCGAGAAGUUAUAGCAAGUUCUAGUAAUGAUUGGGACAAAAGAGUGGAUGCUCUAAAAAAGAUUAGGAGUUUAAUCAUAGCUGGUGCUGCAAGUUAUGAGGAGUUUUACCCUCACCUAAGGCUGCUGGAACCAGCUAUGCAGCUUUCCAUCAAGGAUCUCAGGUCACAAGUGGUACGAGAGGCAUGUGUCACGGUGGCUUAUAUGUCUCAGGAACUGCACCAUAAAGUGGACCACCUUUGUGAGACUCUUCUUCCAAGCCUAAUUAUUUUAAUCCCAAAUAGUGCCAAGAUCAUGGCAUCAUCUGGAAUUGUCACAAUUCGUUUCAUCAUUCAAAACACCCACCACCACAAGCUUAUCCCCAUCCUCCUGCGAGAGCUGAGCAGCAAAAACCGAGAAAUUCGGAAAGUGCUGUGUGAGGUACUUGAUCAGUUGGUCCACACUUGGCCCACACACUCCAUGGAGAAGCACAUUGUCAUCCUCUCUGAAAGCAUAAAGAAAGGAAUCACUGAUGCUGAUCCUGAGGCACGGGCAUUCUCAAGGAAGUAAGUAACUAUGGAAGCAUGUUUUAAAUCCGGGGAAGUCUGCUUUCUACUAUGAUGUAUUGCUGCACAGGUAGCAAUGAAAAAAAAAAAUUUGUAUCUUGAAUUGAUAUGAGAGAGUGAGAAGGAAAAUUGUUGGAUGUUGCAAAAGACUUGGCAUGAUAGGCUGACCAGUAUGUGCUAAGAUGAUGUGGACAUGUUAAAAGAGUGAAGGAUGAUAACCAGUUGAAGAAAAUAACAAGUUAAGUGUAAGAAGUAUGAACUUGUGAACUAAACCUUGUAGAGAGUGUAAAGGAGGCUUUGAAAGGAAGAUGAAUGACAUUGGAGCAUAGCAGAAUGAUUGUGCACAACAGAAGCGAAUGGAGAGGAGUUAUUAGUACGUAAGGAGUAAUAUUGCCCUGCGACCUGCAAAAGAGGUGCCACACAUUGAUGGUCUUACACUGCUUUUGGGCAAUAACAUGUGAUAGUAAGUAUACUUGUUAUGAAGAAAUAUUGUUUUGCACCAAAUUGUGUGAGCUGUGAGACUGAUCUCUGUAAAGUAAGGGCAGGAUUGCUUUCCCUUUUCCAUCAGGGUCCAAUGACUAAAGAUAGUUGUGUGAUUUUUUUUCUUUUUCAAGAGAGUCAUUGAACAAAGAACAAAAAGCAAGAAAAUCCAAAGAUGCCAGUCCAUUAGAGAUGUCAAGAGAAUCUUUGAAAACUGAAGGAUAAAUUUCUUGAGACCACCCUCUUGAAAGAGUUAAAGUCAUAGGAGAAAGGAAAUAUAAAAAUAAGCUGGAAAUUCCAAAGUUUACCAGAGAAAGGGAUGAAUGAUUUCCUUCCUUACACGAGCUGAUAAGGCAUUUGUGCAGAAUUACUUGUUGGGGAUUGAGAAAAACUAGCAAGGAUGACUCAGAAUGCCUACUUCAUAGACACUGUUUUAGCUAGAGAUGAGUUGUGAAGUUUCCAGUUUAGAUUAUAUGUAAAGGACAGACCGAGGAUGUUCAGUGUAGAAGAGGGGGGAAUUUAAGUAUCACUGAAGAAGAGGGGAUAGUUUUCUGGAAAAUUAUGUCAAGUUGAAAGAUGAAGGAAUUGGGUAUCUGAGACAUUGAACAAUAUUGAGUGUGCUCUGCUCCAAUCAGAGGUUUUAGAGAUAUCAGAAGUUGGAAAUUCUGUUCUCUAUGUGAACUAUUUACUUCCUGAAGGGUUGUACAUCUAUAAAAAGACACAAAAAAGGUGCAGGGUGAUACCAUCAGCAUAGGAAUGGAUAGGAGAAGUAGUUUGAUUUAGAAGAUCAUUGAUGAAAAUUAGGAAGAGAGUGGGUGACAACAGAAUUCUGAGGAACACUGAUUUUAUAAGAUUUUGGAGAACUGACUUUUCAAGAGCUUUUGUUAUGUUAAAGGCAACAACAAAAGUUUCAUCAAUAUUGAAGAGGAUGACCAAUACUCAGUAAGGAAAACCAGAUCACCAGUAGAGUUGCAUCAAUGGAAACCAUUCUAGCAAUCAGAUAGAAGGUUGUGAUAUUUAAGAAUGUUCCUGCUGAAGAUAGAUUAAAAAGAUUUAGUGAGGCAGGAAAUUAAAGCAAUAAGAUAGAGGUUUUAGUGAUUAGAAUAGUCACCUUUUUUUAGGAACAGGCAUAAUGUAGGCAAACUUCCAGCAAGAAGGAAAAGUAGAGUACUGAAAACAUCACUGUGAAAGAUCUUAAUGAAGGAGUGACAGGAUGAAGGAGAAGGAGGAACAACUGAAUCAUCCAAGUUAAUUUCUAGCAAAGGUCUGAGCAGAUCCUAGCUUUAGAAAUAGAUGAGAUGGUAGUGAUGCCAUCAGGUUGAAAUAAAAGAGAAGAUUAAGAA